GGGGCAAAACUCUCAAAAGACUCCAGGAAAAAAACGAAAAAUAGAAAAAGUCUCUUGCCCCAGCGGCCGUGCCGAGCCGGCAUCCCCUUCCGUUCCCCCCAGCAGCGAUCGCGACGACCCGAGCCGGCAAGGGUGACCGGCGGCUGAGAGCCGCCACGGCAGACGAGCCCCAUGGGAGACAACAAGUCUCCGCUGAGCCUGAGCCCGAUGGGCGGGCGCGACCGGGACCGGGAGCUCCUCAUCCCGGUCUCCGGCGGCGGCUCGGCGCCCGGCGACGGUGUCGAGGACGGCGACAGGGCCUCCUCCGCCUCCGCCGCGCUCUCCUCCUCUGGCCGCGAGGCUUUCCAUAAGGUCGUCCGUAGUUGGGCUUCAAAGAAGUUCAUGACUGGAUGUGUAAUUCUCUUCCCCAUAGCAAUAACAUUCUACAUCACCUGGUGGUUCAUCCAUUUUGUUGAUGGAUUCUUCUCUCCAAUCUAUGCUCAACUGGGAAUCAACAUAUUCGGUCUUGGCUUCAUCACAUCUGUUACUUUCAUAUUUUUGAUUGGAGUCUUUAUGUCAUCUUGGGUUGGAGCAUCUGUCCUUAGCCUUGGCGAGUGGAUUAUUAAGCGCAUGCCUCUUGUUCGUCAUAUCUACAAUGCAUCGAAGCAAAUUAGUGCUGCAAUAUCACCAGAUCAGAACAAACAGGCAUUCAAGGAAGUGGUCAUCAUAAGGCAUCCUCGUGUUGGAGAAUAUGCGUUUGGUUUCAUUACAUCGUCAGUAUCCCUCCAGAGUUAUUCUGGUCAAGAAGAUCUUUACUGUGUCUAUGUGCCAACGAACCAUCUUUACAUUGGUGAUAUCUUCAUGGUGAAUUCAAAGGAUGUCAUAAGGCCAAAUCUUUCUGUGCGUGAAGGCAUCGAAAUUGUUGUAUCUGGUGGUAUGUCAAUGCCCCAAAUUCUGUCAACCCUCGACCCGCAGAUGAUCCUUGGGGACAGAACCGGACCAAGCAGAAGUUGAAGCUGCUACGAGCCCUUUGUGUAACCUUUCUACUGGUUGCUAGUAACAUUUUCAUACAGGCUACCACGAGUACGGCAAACUAGACUCCGAGCACAAGUAUCUGUAUAUUAAAGUAGAUGUAGGUGACUCGCAUGGUUUGACUGUUUGCUGGACUCUGUACCAUGGUUUGUACUUUGUACUUCACCCUAUGCAAGAAAGAAGCAUCUCAUAUCCAAUCCACCUGUUGUGAGAUUCCUA